AUCAUAAACAAGUCGAGGACGGCUUUUGUUUUGACAGCCAGUUUAGUAGGUUACAGAAGGCUAAUUAUGGAGAGCCCAGUUCAGCAGCUUACAUAUUAAGGUUGUACUUUUGCCCAGCCUAGGCUGUGCGCCCACUUUGACUUCCAUUUGAUUUGAUUUGGACUGGCUGGUGGUGAUUGAGGAAAGAGAGAGCAUAUCUCAGAGUUAAUUUGAGAGGCAAUUCAAAUGAAGAUUAUUAGUUUGGGCUGAUUAACUGGACUUAAUCUCUGAUUUUGUCUAUGCAUCAACGUGGAUAUUAUCGUGGUUGUAUAUUGUUUUAUGUAAUCCGAGUACAAUGACUCGGCCUAUUUCGGUAUAUUGAUGAAGAAAAAGGCUACCCGUAUAUGUAUAGAUAUAAAAAGACGCAUAACCAGACAUAUACUAAAAUAGCAAGCCAUAAUUAAUGAGAGAAAAAGCUUAAAACCAUUAAUGUAGUAGCGUAGAGAAGGUUUAAUUUUUCAUAUAAAGUAGUGUAUAUAGAAGGUUUUAUAUAUCUUUCCUUUGGUCUUCUUCCUCUGUUCUCCGUCUCUGUGUUGUAAUUUUCUUCUUUGGCCAUGAAAGAAAGAUUUUGGGUCUUAGCAUUGAUCAUUGCUGUGCUUUCCAUCACCAUUGCUCUCUAUAACCUCUCUCCUUCCACCACCACCACCACCACCACCAUUUCUCUCCAAAAGUGUGACCCAGACAAAUGGAAAUCACGACUGAUAGAUAUGUACAAGGUGGCUGUGGUUUUGAGGGUUGACUUGGAAGGGUGUGGGCAGUUUCGGAGUGUUCAGAAAGCUAUAGAAGCUGUUCCCCUGUGGAGUUCUACUAAGACCCUCAUCAUCAUUGAUGUGGGUACUUACAGGGAGAAGGUGAUAGUGCCUGAAAACAAAACAAAUUUGAUAUUGGAAGGCAAGGGAUACCUCAACACAUUUCUUUCAUGGAAUGACACUGCGGGCUCAAGUGGAGGGACUUUUUCUAGUUAUUCAUUUAAGAUCGAAGCUUCUAACUUCAUUGCCUACAAUCUUAGCUUUCAGAAUACGGCUCCUCCUCCAGCUCCUGGAGUAGAGGAUGCUCAAGCCGUGGCCCUUCAAGUUUCUGGAGAUAAAGCUGCAUUUUAUGGAUGUGGUAUGUAUGGUGCCCAAGACACACUCCUAGAUGAGCAUGGAAGGCAUUACUUUGAAGAUUGCUUCAUUCAAGGCUCCAUUGAUUUCAUCUUUGGAAAUGGAAGAUCACUAUAUCAGGGGUGUACCAUCGAUUCGAUAGCACAGGAGACCACAGGAGGAAUAAGUGGGUCAAUAACAGCACAUGGAAGGGAGUCGGUGGCUGAAAACACUGGCUUUUCCUUUGUCAACUGCAAACUUGAAGGAACCGGGAAGAUAUGGCUGGGAAGAGCCUGGAAACCUUAUGCAACUGUGGUGUUUUCAACCACAAUUAUGUCUGAAGUUAUCCAUCCAUCUGGAUGGGAUGAUUUCAGUGACCCCUCUAGAGACCAGACUGUGUUUUUUGGAGAAUAUGAAUGCUCUGGACCUGGAGCAAAUUACACGAACAGGGUUCCAUAUGCAAAGCAGCUCAAUCAAUCUGAAGCUGCUCAUUUCAUGGAUAUUUCAUACAUUGACGGAAGUGAAUGGCUUCAGUAUCACCAAGUUCUGGGUCCUCAACAUAACCUUCUCAUGGUCAUUUGAAUGAAAAAUUAAAGCGUGACGGAGAAGAAAUAUUGCUAAAGGAUAGAACUAACAUUGUUUGCUAUUUAAAAUAUCAUGAAAGUUGCGUUUGAUUUGAGGGCGCUACACUCUACUUUGCUGCUCUGUCUCAACUGGCUGGUUAUAUAAAUUGGUAGUUGCAUUGCAGUUUGUCUUUAAAUUACUCUGUUUUUAUACCUCUUCUUUAUCUCAUAUCGUCAACCAAAAAAUAAAAAAUACAUGUUACUAAAAACAAAAUCACGCUUAAAGCUGAAGUAUAA